CCACAAUGCAACCUUCCAUCCAAACUACAAUAAGGAAGCCCUAGCAAAGGGCCUGGCCAGAUCUAGAGCCACACCCAAACAGACAAUAGCAGAAAAGAAGUCCAACAGUAUGGAAAAAUUUGUAUGA